CAUCAGAGACAAUGAGGCCACAUGGUUGUCACGUGCCAACAAGAAUGGGUUGGGUCGCUUAGCUUGCAAAAUGGCAGUGGUUUGUUGGUUAUAGUGCGUUUCAGUCUCUAAAAAGCUACUUCUGAUACUAUUUUCGACGUAAUAAGUUAUCAAGGAAUUCUCUGGUGUCCUACGUAUAUAUAUAUAGCUGAGAUGGCGAACAGGGUGAGACAUCUGGUCUCAAAGAGCAAGCGACGGUUGAUGGAAAAUGGCUACGAUCUGGACUUGACGUACAUCAAGCCCAACAUAGUGGCCAUGGGGUUCCCGUCAGACAAGAUAGAGGGAGUGUACAGGAACAAUAUCCGAGAUGUAGUCGAGUUCUUAGACCGCAGACAUACAGACCACUACUAUGUGUAUAACUUAUGUUCAGAGAGAAUGUAUGAUGCAAAGAGAUUUCAUGGAAGAGUCAAACACUAUCCAUUUGACGAUCACAAUGCCCCAAUGUUUGAGUUGAUAAAGCCAUUCUGUGAAGAUCUCGAAGAGUUUCUCAAAAAAGAUGAAAGAAAUGUCGCUAUAGUUCAUUGCAAGGCUGGCAAGGGCAGAACUGGAGUGAUGAUCUGUGCCUACUUACUGCAUGACAAGCUGUUUGACACAGCCAAAGAUGCUCUACAGUUUUAUGGGGAGGCAAGAACACAAAACGCUAAGGGAGUGACCAUCCCUAGUCAGAGGCGGUAUGUCCAGUAUUAUGGUCACCUGGUAAGGAACAGUCUUGACUACAUGCCCAAGACCAUGUUGCUCAAGGCCAUCAGGUUCGAGGGAGUGCCCGACCUCAAGGCUGGAGGAUGCAAACCAUCAUUCAUAGUCCGAUUGUACAACACCAAGAUCCAUGACUCAGAGCCAUACACCCAUUUCAAGAAGACGGAUUCGUUUGCUGAGAUGUGUCUCCCUCAACCGCUACCAGUGUGUGGGGACAUCCGGAUAGAGUUCUACAGUCACUCGUGGUCAAAGAAGGAGAAGAUAUUUCAGUUUUGGUUCAACACUUUCUUUGUGGACAUGCAUGUCAUGCAACAACAGGCAGGAUACCUGGACGAGAGCAUUCAGGAGCGUGACGAGAAGCUCUUAAGACACCAACCCAGCCAGAAAGCAGCGGGUGCAGCCACUCGAGGCACCGCCACGGCAGGGCCCAUGGUGACAGUGAGUAGAGACUCCAAAGCAGCCGCUAGAGGAGAGGCCAUAUCCAGAGGAGCAGCAAUUGCGACUAAUGGAGGACUACCAGGAGACAUUCUGGGGUCCCCAGACUGCAAAGUGAUCAUUUUGCCCAAGGACGAGCUGGACAAAGCGAAUAAGGACAAGAGUAAAAGAUACCCUGCCAAAUUCCAGGUCCAUGUGGUGUUGUCUGAGUGUGUGGCAAGUGACUCUCAAGAGGUGGAGAUGAGCUGUGACUCUGGAGGUGAAGAGGAGGAGCCUGCUAAAGAUGACGAUAACUACUCGGACACUGACUCCGAACACGAGUGGAACACACCACAGUCUGUUUAGUGAGAUGAUGAUACUGGUAUUUAAAGACCUUGCAAGUAUAGCAACUGUAUUCGUGUGUGUUGUGUGUCAGUGUUGUCAAGUUCUAUGUAGGUUGUGUUGGCUGUGUACGAUUGCACUACUACAAUGAUAGCUAUUUAUAACUACAGUGAUGUCAUAGCUAUUUAUAAACCACCAGUAUGCCGUUUACUAGAACUGAAUUAUCCUGUUUUUAUGGUUCUUUCUCUGUGCAUUUGGUUAAUGUUGUCUUUUUCUAAAACGAGUUUUUUUGCAUUGUCAUUGUUAUUAUUGUGCUGCGAA